AGCUUUGCUUCCAUGUUGAUGGCUCUUUGGUGGGGUGUACCACAACGCUCCAUUCUUGGACCUCUUCUUUCCUCAUACCUGCUGCCACUAGGUGCUAUUUUUUGCAAACAUGACAUCCACUUUAAUUUCUGCGCCGAUGAUUGUCAAAUUUACAUCCCCCUAAAGCACAGUGGUGCAGGCACUAUCCAACCUCACCUUGAUUGCUUGGUCGACAUCAGGACAUUUAUGGCUUUAAAUUUCUUUUAAUGAGAAGAAGACUGAGGUCAUCCUGUUUCCAUCCAGUGGCACAAACACAAGCCCCUGCACAUCAACCUUUCCUUUCCGGCCUCGUUUGAAAAACAGAUUGACUAAUCUGGAAGUGAAAAUGGACCCUUCCAUGAAACUAAAUAGUCUUGUAAACCUAAACUCGUUUGGGCAAAGAACAAGAGACUGUUAUCAAAACUUUAAAAAUCUUCAUUUAAAAUGGUACAAGAACACAAAACAAAAAAGCUAUUUUGGGCUAUUUUUUGGGACAGCAUUCAACUAGGGAAUUUGUUAAUGCUCUUGUCCUAGGACAAGUACAAUAAGCCUUUGUAAGAGUUUCUUAGGUUUGUUAUCAGUGAUGAUGAAUGCCAGACCAACAUGCCUCGAUGAGAACUAAACAGAUCUUACAUGUUCCAAUAGUAAUCAGGAAUGGCGUGCUGUUCUUUCUUUUGAUGUCUGAAUCAGAGAAGUAGGUGUUGAAAACCUGCAUUAAACAAGCUGUCCUUGCAUGCAAAACAUACUGGCAUUUUAACAAUGGCAUCUAACAGGUUUUAUGCAUGUUUAUUUUAAGAGUGUUCUACACAUUAAUUUGCGCCCAAUAGUUCCUCUCAAAUUCAUUUAAAGGAUAAUUGGGAUUUUUUGAACUGAGGUUCUGUGCUUGCAGUAGAAAGAUGUCUUUUCACUGUGAGUUUGUUGAAAGUAAAUACAUCCUCAGAGGUUGAAACUAACAGUCACUCGACUCAAAUUGAAAAUAUCUCCAUCACUAGAAUAGAACUCUGUGUUAGUGGACGUCCUUUUCAAUUUAACAAAAAGAAUCAACUCCUUCAUAAAAUUAUUUGGUAAACAAAAAUAACAUUUCAGGGAUCAAAAUGCUAAAAACUAUUUUACAUCUGUUGCUUUUUGUUGAGUCAUAGAUGUAACAGGAAUCCUAUUUACAGCUUGAUAAAAUGAUGGUUCCGAUGUUGGAACUUUAAGGAACUGUCUCUUCAAAAAGCCUUUGUUAGAACUCUUAAUGAUGUUUUAAAUUGGAAAAACUUUAUCAUUGAUAUGGUCUCUUGGCAAAUCAAACACAUUAGUCUUGUGCUGGUUGGAGAAUGAAUGCAAUCGUUUUGUCCAACUGUCAAUUUUCACUGUCCACUUUUCCUUUUAUAGCAAUUUUGAAACACAAUUUAUUUUCUUAUAAUCUAGGCUCCUAUUGUCGACAAAGUAGCAAUUAGCAAACUGCUCAGAAAGUAAAAAGCUACUGCUUGUUCUCCAACAGGAAUAUCCGAGUGACACUGUGUUUCAUGUCAUGACAUUCCAGAUUGCUCUAUUAUUUAGCUGAUAUACGGGCUUCUGGUGAUCUUGCCGUUGUUGUGAGAACACAGCAUAUACACUAGCGCACUGCCACACUAUUGAAUAUGUGGAUACAGUGAAAGAAUCACUGCUUGAGGGGCCAUGAAUAUGCCGCUCAUGGGCCAGAUGCAGACCACAGGCUGCCUUUUGAGAACCACUUUUACAAGAGAUUGUCAGGUUUUCCGAGGCGAACAGCGCCUAUGUUGCUAUGAGGAAUUAUGCUGGUUAAGGUUGCCUGCUGUCUCAAUUCACCUCAACCGAGUCUAGUCCGAACAACUUUAGGUUCACCAAGAAUGAGGUAAACAUUUGGAUUUUGAGUCGGACAUUCACAUUUGCAACAGCAUUAAAGAUGGUUUACUCCUGUGCCUCAAUAGUCUCAUAGUUUGAAAGUCAUCAGAUGAGCAGGAUUAUUACAGUUGGUGAUUAAUAUGUGUAGUAGCAUUUAUAAGGCAGUGUAAACUUAAAAACAGCCUCUUGUGAAAGCGUAGACAUUUAAUAUCUACAAAAACUGCACUGUAUCCCAGGGUUAUGAACAGUUUUUAGCAUGAGUUUUUUAAAAGUACUAAAAUCCGUUCAAAUGUGGAGAGCAAGUCUGCCUUGCUGUCAGCUUCCACCACUCUGAGGAUUCUUUUCCUUUAUCAAACUCACUGAGACAUGACAAAUGCCUACUACAGAUAAGGAAACUAUUACUGAUAACUUCACAAAACAUGACUUCAAGGCUGACCUAUCUCCAGCAGUCAUUUGGCUACAGUCAGGGGACCCCCUGGACAGGUCUCAAGUCCUUAAUCGUGCCCAGCCAUUUGUAAUUUUUUUCAAACAUUCUAACAUUUAUAGAAUAUAUUUUACCAUUAUCCUUUUUGUUUUUUAGUUCAAUAUAUGAUUGGGAUCUCAAGUCCCCAUAAUUGUUGAUUUGUGACCCCAACAUUGGUAACAUCUGCAUCAGAAGUCCACAUCAACCCAGUUGUUUGGGAGGCACAGAUAAAUGCCUUUUUGCUGUUCAGCUUUAUGGCAGCAAACAUACGUUGGGUCUGGUGUGAAACUCAGGAUGAAUAUGUAAAUACUGUUUUAACAUCGUCUCAUUCAUAUUUACAUGAUAAGUUAUACUGAAUGUUCCUAAAAUAAAUUGUUUUCAUUCCAUUUCUGUUUUCUUUUUUAUAGACCCUAACUCUGUCAAUCUGUCAGCUCACCAAAUUUGUUCCUGUUUACCAGCAUCAGAUGUUAUGGGUUAAAAUAACAUGUUUAUUACUGCUGACUAAACAACCGUAACGCUAAAAAAAACCUGCUUAAAGUUUCUGGCCUGGCUGCUUAUCAGGUUUCGUGACUGUGAUCUGUUUAAAAACAUUUUCUAUGAGAGAUUAAAACAAAACUAAAAGUGGUAGAUUAUUUCCUUGUCCUGAUGCAUAAAGGAUGCUGCAUGUAAUUAUCGCAUCACUCAUUUCUUUGCGAACCACGGCCGUCACAUCUACAUCUGGAUAAUGGACUCUAAUAAGGAAAACAUUGAGGCGGCACCUCAAAAACGGAUUUUCAUAAUUCUUCCAAAGAAAUAUAUGGCUGCUUUGGCUCGACACUUUGCUUUGGAGCAUGGAUUGUUCAUCACAGAGCUGGACCCCAAUAUUAGUGAAAAAUAUCUGAUUUCGUAUUUUAAAGAAUGGGGACAAAUCACAAAGUGCAAGAUCAGAAAUGAUUCCAACUCUUCAAAGAACUGUUUGGCCGAUGUGUGGUUUUCUACAGAAGAAGAAGCAGACAGAGCACACUGGGCUGGUCCUCACUGUAUCGGGGGGACAGAAUCUAGUGUACGUCGGAUUGUUAGUCCAAAGAUCCAAGAUGAGUAAGACAACAAGGCCACCUCAGUGCCAAUUAAAGCUCCAGGUCGGCGUCCAAUGUGUCUUGGCUAAGUGCUAGAAAAUCCUUAGUGGUUUGAUGAUGAAGUGAAGGAAUAAACAAAUCAGUUGUAAGAUAAAGCAGGAAUUUUGAGAUGACUUGAGAAGCAGGCUUUAAGUGGUUAGAAAAGAUUAUACCUUAUAUAAGAAAAUGUAACCUCUAAACUAUAAUGUGUGUUAUGGAGAAAUGACACAUUGAUUUUGUUCACAAAAUCUUCUAACAUUUUGUUUUCGAUCUCCAUGUGUAUGUUUUUGAAAAAAACGUUUUGCACAAAUCUAUUAUUGUCAGUCUGUACUGUAUGUUUAUGCAAAUUAGAAAAGCAAAACUCUUAUGUACUACUCAAUGCGUUAUUACAUACAUAUCUCUGCAAAAUGCUGUGAAAAUUACUGCACUUUUAAACCACAUUUUAUUGUGUCUAACA